AUGAAGCUGUGCCGCACGAAUGAUGUGGUAUCUGACUGGGUACCCGACUACACCGACGAGGGUGCUCUCCAACGAAGACUAGCAUUUGGAGGGUCAGCAAAUUCGGGAAGUCGGGUCCAUACUGGGCUACCGAAACUCACACAGCCCAGCUUGCCGCUUGCUUGCUUCAGAGCCCAGGUCGAGAGUGGGAAGGCCAUCAGUGCUGCGACCUCCAUCAAUAUCAAUAACAGCAAGAAAACAACCUUGACAAAAGCCAACAACGUCUAUCAUUUCUCUCCUCUCCCUCGCCAGUGCUCAGGCUACCAGAGGUGUAGCGAGCGGGUGGCAUCGGCAUUGUAUUUCCUAUAG